AGGGCAGUCAGCGCGCUCCGCUCCCCUGCACGAGGAGGUAGAGGAGCAGCAAAGGCUGCGCUAGCCGGGGCUCGCCCGCAGCCGCAGCGAGAGGUUUUGCGGCCAGCAGCUCCUGCGGGACAGGACCGGAGCUGGCUGGCUGCGCGCCCGCCGCCCGCCCCGGGCAAACACCUGGGAGCAGGAGAGAGGCAGAGCGCUGGCGGAGCGCCAGGGUCCAAGCUCCGCGCAGAGGAGGAGGAGGAGGGUCUCCUGAGCUCUCCUGUCUCUGAUUAGACAAGAGGCCACAGGGGACGGGGCGAAAUCAACAACAACAAGCCGAGCGCGGCGGCGGCGGCGGCAGUCCGAGAGGCGGCGGGCCAGGGCGCGGGGACGGCCGCGAGCGGCUCGGACCAUGGAGCGGAGCUGCCAGCCCCUGCCGCAGCAGGAAGCGGUAGAAGCCUGGCUGGAUGAUCACUGGGACUUCACCCGCUCUUACUUUGUUAGGAAAGCUACACGAGAAAUGGUCAAUGCAUGGUUUGCUGAGAGAGUUCAUACCAUCCCAGUCUGCAAGGAAGGAACCAAAAACCACAGUGAAGAUUGCUCUUGUCCUGCUCAUCAGACUACCCGAGCUGAAAGCCCCAGCCCUGGGACACCAGCAAGGAAAAUCUCUGCUUCUGAAUUUGACAGGCCUCUAAGGCCCAUCAUUGUCAAGGACUCUGUUGGAACCGUAAGUUUCCUUUCUGGCUCUGGAAAAAAGGAACAGAUGCCUCUGCAAUCUCCAAGGAUUGGGACUGAUGCAGGGGAUCAGUGCUCAAGACUCUUAGAACUAGUGAAAGAUAUUUCCACUCACUUGGAUGUCACAGCCCUUUGCCACAAAAUUUUCUUGCACAUCCAUGAGCUCAUAGCUGCUGAUCGUUAUUCCCUUUUCCUGGUCUGUGAGGAUAGCUCCAAUGAGAAGUUUCUUGUCAGCAGGCUGUUCGAUGUUGCAGAAGGUUCCACCUUGGAAGAAGCUUCAAACAACUGCAUUCGCUUGGAAUGGAGCAAGGGGAUUGUGGGACAUGUAGCAGCUUUGGGCCAACCUUUGAACAUCAAAAAUGCAUAUGAGGAUCCCCGAUUCAAUGCAGAGGUUGACCAAAUCACAGGAUACAAGACUCAGAGUAUUCUUUGUAUGCCAAUAAAGAACCACAGGGAAGAGGUUGUUGGCGUGGCUCAAGCUAUCAAUAAGAAAUCUGGAAUUGGUGGGAUAUUCACAGAGCAAGAUGAAAAGGAUUUUGCUGCUUAUCUGGCAUUUUGUGGAAUUGUUCUUUACAAUGCUCAGCUAUAUGAGACAUCACUGCUUGAAAACAGGCGUAAUCAGGUGCUUCUUGAUCUUGCUAGCUUGAUUUUUGAAGAGCAACAAUCUUUGGAAGUAAUUUUGAAGAAGAUAGCUGCAACUAUAAUUUCCUUCAUGCAGGUGCAGAGAUGCACCAUUUUCAUAGUAGAUGAAGAUUGCACUGAUUCAUUUUCUAGUGUGUUUCACAUGGAGUUUGAGGAAUUAGACGAUUCAGCUGAUGUCCUGAAGAGGGACUAUGACGCAAACAAAAUAAAUUAUAUGUAUGCUCAGUAUGUCAAGAAUACCAUGGAGCCUCUUAAUAUACCAGAUGUCUGCAAAGACAGAAGAUUUCCAUGGACAAAUGAAAAUGCAGAAAAUGUAAACCAGCACAUAAAAAGUUUGCUUUGUACACCAAUAAAAAAUGGGAAGAAGAAUAAAGUGAUAGGGGUUUGUCAGCUUGUAAAUAAGAUGGAAGAAAACUUGAGCAAAAUCAAGGCUUUCAACAGAAAUGAUGAACAGUUUCUGGAAGCCUUUGUCAUCUUUUGUGGCUUGGGGAUCCAGAAUACACAGAUGUAUGAAACUGUGGAGAGAGCCAUGGCCAAGCAGAUGGUGACAUUAGAGGUCCUUUCAUAUCACGCUUCAGCCACUGAGGAGGAAACAAGGGAGCUGCAGACGGCUGUUGUGCCAUCUGCGCAAUCUCUCAAGCUGACUGACUUCUACUUCAGUGACUUUGAGCUUUCUGAUAUGGAGACAACACUGUGUUCAAUUCGAAUGUUCACAGAUCUCAACCUGGUGCAAAAUUUCCAAAUGAAACAUGAGGUUCUUUGCAGAUGGAUUUUGAGUGUAAAGAAAAAUUAUCGAAAAAACGUUGCAUAUCACAAUUGGAGACAUGCCUUUAACACAGCCCAGUGUAUGUUUGCUGCUUUAAAAUCGGGUAAACUUCAGAACAAGCUGACUGACCUAGAGAUACUUGCUUUGCUGAUAGCAGCCCUAAGCCAUGAUUUGGAUCACAGAGGGGUGAAUAACUCUUAUAUAGAGAGAAGCGAACAUCCACUGGCUCAGCUCUAUUGCCACUCAAUCAUGGAGCAUCACCAUUUUGAUCAGUGCCUGAUGAUCCUGAAUAGUCCGGGAAACCAGAUUCUCAGCAACCUUUCCAUUGAAGAAUACAAGGCCACGCUGAAAAUGAUAAAACAAGCCAUUCUUGCCACAGACUUAGCACUAUACUUUAAGAGAAGGGGAGAGUUUUUUGAACUUCUACAAAAGAAGCAAUUUAACUGGGAAGAUCCUCUGCAGAAGGAGCUAUUUUUAGCAAUGCUGAUGACUGCUUGUGAUUUGUCAGCAAUAACAAAGCCAUGGCCAAUUCAACAACGGAUAGCUGAACUUGUAGCUACAGAAUUUUUUGACCAAGGAGAUAAAGAGAGAAAGGAACUCAACACAGAACCAACAGAUCUAAUGAACAGAGAGAAGAAAAAUAAAAUUCCCAGCAUGCAAGUUGGAUUCAUAGAUGCCAUUUGUUUAGAGCUCUAUGAGGCCCUGACACAUGUAUCAGAAGCCUGCUACCCUUUACUGGAUGGCUGUAGAAAGAACAGGCAGAAGUGGCAAUCCUUAGCUGAACAACAGGAGAAGAAUCUCAUUAAUGGAGAAAGCAAUCAGCCCAAGCGGAACUGAGAUUCUGAUUUAGCAAAUACAAGUUUGAGUUUACUCAGAAAUUACAGUAAUCUGGGGAUACUACAUUUUGCUAUACACUGUAGGGAUUUGGUGUAUUCUUUGCCACUAUUAUAUUUAAAUUAUAUGUCCCCUGCCAUUAAAAGCAUAGCAUGACCAUUUUUAUGUGAAUGAUGUAUAAUGAUUGUAUAUUUCUUGUAUUUCAUUUAGGUGAAGUAGAAAAAUAGAACUGCAGAGUUAGUUUACUCUGCUCAGUUCUACACAGAGGUAUGAGUACAGUUACUGGACAGCCUGUGAAAGCCUUUUACUUUACAGAUGUACAUAGUUGUUUAGUGUUUCGUGAGUGGCCAGUACCUUAAACAUGACCAUAUAUGGCACUUUUCUUCCUCUUUUAUUCUUUGUUAUGUAACCGUAAGUAAUAAGCAAUGUUGUUUGUUCUCUUGCAAGAAGCCUGGAGGCAAAAAGGAGCUUGGGGAUUAAAAUUCACUCAAAAGGCCUAACCCAACAAUUGUUAUGCAGACAAAACUCUCGUUGAAAUCAAUGAGAGCUUCAUUUCUAUGGAAAUGCAGGAUUGGGCCCCAGUUGACAAAGCACAGGGACUUGUGUGAUAUACUUUACCGAUGCCCCAUGAUUUUACAAGAAUGUCUCAACAAAAUCGUCAUAUCUUUUUGAGAAUUUAAAAAAAAUGCUGUGACUUACUAAACAAUCAGGGACCUAAAUGAGAUUUGCAGUGAAAGUGCCAAGAAAUUACACAGAGAUGGUGCAAGCUGCUCAGUGAGAUGAUAUAAUAGCACAACUCACAAUGUAGCUAACAGGCUGUCUGGAAAAACUUGUCAGACACAGGGCUGGGAGAAACAGAGAAUGAAUGUGAAGAGAAGUAAACUGAGCUAACCAGGAUCACUAUUGAGCUGCUGAUAAUAUGUUCAAACUGCAGAUGAGUUUAACGUUAUCAUAACCAACAAACUGACACAAGAGAAGGAAAAGCACAGGAGAAUGUGAUUGUGAAAGCAUGUGAUGAAAAAACUGGCUCAUUCAAGAAUAUGAUCUGGAAAAGAGGAUGUUUCUGGAGAUUGUUAAUGGGUCUGCUUCACUAGACUAGUAGCACUAAAAAAAUGACCAUGACCACUUUGAAUGUUUACUUGAGAUUGCAGAUGUUAACUUUGGAAACUAGAAUGUUUUUAUUAUUAAAAAAAAUAAUUUUAGCACUUCUACUAGGUAUAGUUUUUAAUCAGAUGAAGUCUUAAAACAAUAAGUAAAAGGAAGACUGAAAGCAAAAGCAAGUGAGAAUACUGCAGGGACAUAACAUUUUUAUAUGAGGCAUAAAAAGCAUUUGGAGACAGUGGAUUUGCAGCAGAUAUGGAGGAUAUCAUUCUUUUAAGAGAGGAAAUGCCUAAUAAAAAUUCUUUUUAAUAGGCCACUGGACAUGAAUUCAAGAAAGUGUAUGGACAAGACAAACCCCAAAAAACUAGAAUAAAGGGAGCACAAUUGCCAUGUGUAGCCAUGAUCAGUAGAUUAAAAAUGAGACAGGGGCUCAUAAGACUUCUCAGAAAUGCAGAUACAACAUUGGCUGUGUAGAUGAUGAUGAUUUUCCUAUCUACAACAAUAUUUUGUAUUACAUACCAGCAGUAGUGAUGGGCAAACCUCAUAUAUUUCAGAGUGUACAUUCAGUUUGCCUGAACCAUUUAAGUCUCCGCAAUUUUAGUUGGAAACUGCAAGAAAUCUUUCUUUCCCCCAUGAGAUUUUCAGAACCAUCUGCUUACAGUUCAUCUGGAAAUGCUGUGAAAACAGCCUCUGUUUAUCUUCCCUCCUGCUUCUGGUCUCAGAAGGAAUCAAAAGAGACAGAGGCACUCAAAUACGAAAAAUAAUAGGUAGAGGAAAUGUUAAGUAAAUGUUUCAGAAUCUUCCAAAAUAUUAUUUGAUUCCAGAGUCUUCCAAAAUAUUAUUUGAUUCCAGACUCUUCCAAACUAUUAUUUGAUACUAGAAAUAAGGAAAUUUAGAGUAGGCUGUUCUUGUUGUUUUCUGGAGCAUUUCAUUCAACCCAGUUAGAAGCAACUGAUUUAACUCUAGUUUAAGAUCCCCUGUGAAUGUCAGUACAUUAUUAUUGCAACCAAAUUUGAAAACAUUUGCCUAUGAAAAAAAUAGUUUUUCUAAGCUGUCACUCAAGUUUCCAUUAGUCCAAUGAAGAAUAAUGAACAAUUCUUGGGGUAUUAUGAUAUGCAGUACUCUGUGUGUAUCUAUGCAUACAUAAUACGAGGUGUGUGUGUGUGUGUAUAUAUGUAAUAUUUUAUAUAUAGGCACAAACACAGUAAUCACCCUUAAAAACUUGUCAGUGCUCCUUAGAUAAAUAAGAUUACCUCAGGAUGUGCUUUUUCCUGUAUUCUCCUUUUUAUUGUAGGAAUUUGCAUACGGCAGUUACUGAAGUAUAAUUAUUUUCUUAUUUAAACCAUUUAUUUGAUAUAUAAUAUAUGUGUGGAUAAAAUAUUUAUAGCUUUAUUCUUGUUAGUGUGAUCGAAAGCAAAACUUAAUUGGUGAUGACACAACAAAUCAACUAUAGUGAUAAAACUGUUAGUGAUACAGCAUUAAUAUUAAGAACCCAACUAUUCUGUAUCUUAUUUGCUGUACUCUGUGUAUGUAUAACAUAGGUUUUUCAUGGCCUAAUUUAUAUUUUCAAAUAAUGCAAAAGAAUGCUGGAGCCAUAUCUUUGGCAUAACAAACAUGUAAAUACCACAGUCAUCAUUUUUUACUUCCACUGAUAAAUAUACACAGUUAUAUAGUAUUUGCAUAUAUUUAAGGUAUACAUACAUCCCCACAAAAGCUCUCCCUAUAGAGGAAAGUAUAUGUUAUAACAAAUGUAGAAUUCUAUUCUACAUAAUUUUUUUGUCAAAAUAUUGCCCUAACAUACAUGUAUCUAUAUUUAUUUAUUUUUAAAAACCACAUACAAAUUAUUUAAAACUAUUGGUUUAGGGCCUUAUGUUUUAUGUAUUUUAGACAAAUUCAGAGCAUGAUCAGGGCAUUAUAUCAUGUUUCAGUCUGCCUGAUUGCAGUUUUUGUUUCAAGGCUCUAGCAUGGUUGGUUUGUGUGCAGAUAACAGAUAUUUUUUGUCUUUGGUAACAUAGGUGACCAUACAGGUAAAAUAAUGGUUCUCUGCCUGAAAUACAUUGUAUAUGCAGGGAAAUUUUCAAAGCCAACAAAUUUAUUUAGCUGCACAGCUAUCAUUAUUUUCAUCAGGAGUUGUGUCUAAAUACCUUAGUGAUCUGUGUGCCAAAUUCUUCCCUGAUUUACACCCUGUGCACCCAGUGGACUCAAUGGGAAUUGUACAAGAUGUUCAUUGGGAUAGAAUUUAAGCCUCUGUUGACCCAAUCCUACUCCCAUUGGAGUCUUCAGGAAUUUUGACAUUGACAUCUUUAAGAGCAGGAUUGGGCCCUCUGUGCUCUUCAUAUUACUUUGAAUCAAGAUACCAAGAAAGACCAGUGCUAAUGUGAUACCAGAUUUUGCCCUCAGAUGUGCAUGCAUACAUGCGUUGAAAUCAUAGAAAAUGUGUUCUCACAUCCCAGGACAAAAUUUAGCCCCUUAAUAUAGACCUUUGUUUCUUUUUUUCUUCCCCUUAAAAAAAAACAAAUAAAAACAAACAAAAAAAAUCUUAUCACAUAUAUUAACAUUCACCUAAAGAGUGAGUGGUCCUGCUCUUCUCCUUAAAAAAAAGAGGGAGGCUCUUAAGCAGGAAUAAUAAAAUCUAUCUAUUCAGCAAGUUACCAUCUCUGUAAUAUUAACUGUAGAACAAACAGGCUUCCUAUUAUUUCACAUACUGUAAAAGCAGCUAAGGAAAAUCAUACAAUAGAUUCUUAAUAGCUACCUAUUUGUACUGUUGAUUAUAAAUCAAUAGCAUCUGUCAACCAGUCAGUCUCUAUGAAGCUAAGUGGGUCACCACAUGCUGCUUUCAGAUGGUGGGGAUGCUGACAGGCUAUUGAUUGUGAAUUCUUUCUCUCUGUGAAACAUUCAACAGUGGCAGGGCUGUCUCUCUCUUUACAACAAAAAUUUCAAUUUUUCAGAAGCCUUACUUUUGCCUCCUGAACAUGCAACCCAAGUGCAUGCAAAAGUGAGCUUUUGAAAAUCCAGCCCAAUGUAUUUCAUUUGGGGAUGGCUCUGAGAUGCCAUGUUUAGGUGUGGAAUCUAAUCCAGAUCUAAGAUUCUUUAGUUUCAGGGGCAUUUGGUGCAAGUAUUCUGGUUCAGCCCGUUAGAGAAGCCUGAAGUCAGGUAGGUCAAAUGUAGAUCCUAAAAGUUUAUGGGGCGCUGAACCAGUGUUUUGGUUUGAUCUCAUCGCAACUGUGAACCAGAAUCAAGCAGAGAGUACUGACUCAUGCAAAUGCAAAUGAUUCAUAAUAAAUUAUGAAGCUGUAAAGGAGUAUCUCUUAAAGGCCUGAUCCUGUGGGUAGAAUUUUCAUUAGCUUUAACUGGGAGUUUGGCCUUGGAGAGGGUUGUAGAAUAGUCCCCUAUAUGAGUAAUCACAUGCAGUCUACAUUCCAUAAGCACUCUGCUAUUUCUAGAAUAUCCCUGGUCUUUAACAAGCUCCCUCAUAAGAACUCUCCAGACUCCUGCAUUGCUUUAAAAGACGGGUCUGAGCCUUUGGUUCAGACACUCAUAGAAAUGAGAGCCAUCAUCUGAGUCAGGUCUGGAUAUUAGUGACAUUUUACUAGAUACAACAAAUUAUGACAUCAGGCUAUUUCUACGUUCAGCAUUGCUAGCUGAAUGAAAAUUGCAUGGAAAGGCUUGUUUUCCACAGAGAAGGUUGGUUUCCAUGGAGAAAUUCUUAUCUAAGCACCAUUUGUAAAUGUAUAUUAAUUAAGUGUGCUUAACAGUAGCUGGCUUCUGCUAACUGCCACACCAUGAGCUUGUCCAUUCCAUGAUAUAGGGUCUGAUCAAAUGACCACUUGAAGUCAAUGGAAUGAUUCCCAUUAACUUCAGUGGAAGCUGGACUGGGCCCCAUAGAGAGUUGCAGAGCGGGACAAAUUUAUCUUUAUUCUUGCCUACACCUAUAAAGACCCUGGACCAAAUUCUUGGCCUCAGUAACACCUGCACAGUCUAUAGUUCAUUCACCCAGCCCCACAAAGGUGUAACUGAAGUUAGAAUUUGAGCCUUCUGUGUAUGAACAUGAUAGACACAUGCAUGUGUCUGUUAAAGAAUGUAGUGUGAAAAGCACUGUACAUAGUUUAAAAAUAAAUUUCUAUUAUAGUUUAAUAAAAGGAAUUGUAAUGAACUGUCACUUGCCACUGAGCAUGUCUAUUUGUAUUCUUCUACCUUUUCAAAUAUUUUAACAUAUAUAUAGUUUCUGGGCACAGUAUUUUUGUACUAGGCUAAUGAGGUUACUAUGUAUAUUAUGUUCAGCUUUAAAUAGUAUUAAAGUUUUUUGAAUGUUGAUUUGUUCUUGCUUCUUCAAUUUUCCACACUACAUAGUUAUUCAGCAUAACUCUCUUAAGUUAGACAACAGAAUUGUUUGUCCUAGUUACUGUAUAGUUGAUAAAAGAAAGAAUAUACAGCUAGGUAAUUUUCUAUGAUCAAACCGCUACUCAACUACUUAUUCCCACAUUCUCUUCUUUGUAUUGUUUUUCAUGCUUUGUAAAAUAAAAAAAAGGAAGAUGUCAACUA